GUCAAAAUGAGAACUCCUCGACGUGUCUGACUCUUUUGGCUUUACCGGUAGGCGAGACUGAUCGCCGGAGUUUCAAUCUCCUUUUCUCUUCCUCUCCUUUUCUCUUCUGCUCAAAUCCGGUCACUGCCAUUGUCUUCGUACUCUAGGCCAUGGCCAAAUCUCGGGCGGUUGUGGAGCUCACUGCCCGUUUCGAUCUCGGCGGCGUCGAUAAGAUCCGAGCCCUGUCUCUCUCCCCUCACUCCGAUUCCCAAACCCUAGUAUACAUCGGCACCUUCUCCGGAUCACUUCUUCUCCUCUCCCUCGACACUUCAACUAACAUCGUCGCGCGUCUCGGAAGUGUAUCGCUGAGCGCUUCUCCAGUCGAGUCUCUCUUCGUGCUCGAUCAGGAAAGGGGGAAAGUUCUAGCACUCUGCAAUGGGUACUUGUUCUUGGUGGAUUCUCUUCUAUCUCAACCCCCUAAAAGAUUGGGCGGUUUAUUGAAAGGGAUCAAUGUGGUUGCUAGGAGAGUGAGAGGGCGCGACUCGUCGAGUACUACUGACCUGUUGCCUUCCGAGAUUCCCGCUGAUUCUAGCUCGAGCAGCAAGUUUCUUCAGCUGCUUGGCGCUGGAAAUCGGGUGAGCGACAUCAAGGGUAAAGACUCCAUGCACGAGCGACUCCACCAAGGUCAGUAUCUUUUCGCCGUUGCCAUUAGCGAGAGAAUGUUGCUCAUCGAGCUUCAGUGUGACGAAAGAGACGGCGCGAGUGCUUCCUUUGUUGUCUUGAAAGAGAUUCUGGGCAUUAGUGGGAUCAAAACUUUGGUUUGGCUUGAUGACUAUGUCAUUGCGGGGACGGUUAAAGGUUACACCUUGAUCUCUUGCGUCACCGGUCAAAGCGGGGUAAUUUUCACGUUGCCUGAUGUGUCUGGUCCGCCACUGCUGAAACUGCUCUGCAAAGAGUGGAAAGUGUUGUUGCUGGUGGACAAUGUUGGGGUUGUCGUGGACACAAAUGGUCAGCCUGUUGGAGGGAGCCUUGUGUUUCGGAGGAGGCCUGAUUCCGUUGGGGAGUUGUCUUUCUACCUGGUCACCGUCGGAGAUGGAAAGAUGGAAAUACAUCAGAAGAAGUCGGGUGCUUGUGUUCAGUCAGUUAGUUUCGGUCCUGAAGGAUGUGGGACUUCGGUUUUGGCCGUAGAUGAGGCAGGAGACGGAAACCUUUUGGCUGUUGCUGCUUUGUCAAAGAUUGUUUUUUAUCGGAGAGUGCCUUAUGAAGAACAGAUUAAAGACCUUCUGAGGAAGAAGAGAUACAGAGAAGCCAUCUCCCUGGUGGAGGAGCUUGACUCGGAGGGGGAAAUUUCGAAAGAAAUGCUUUCGUUUCUUCACGCUCAGAUUGGGUAUCUACUACUCUUUGAUUUGCGCUUUGAGGAGGCAGUGAACCAGUUUUUAAAGUCGGAAAAAAUGGAGCCUUCUGAAGUUUUUCCUUUUAUCAUGCGGGAUCCUAAUCGCUGGUCUUUGCUGGUUCCAAGAAAUAGGUACUGGGGACUGCAUCCUCCCCCUGCUCCUUUAGAAGAUGUUGUAGAUAAUGGGUUGAUGGCCAUCCAGAGAGCCACUUUUCUUAGAAAAGCGGGGAUGGACACUCCGGUUGACGAAGAGUUUUUCUCAAAUCCUCCAAGUAGAGCUGAUUUAUUGGAGUCAGCAAUUAAGAACAUCACCAGGUACCUCGAGCUAUCACGUGAGAAGGACUUAAGUCACCCAGUAAGAGAGGGAAUAGACACGCUUCUAAUGCUUCUGUACAGAGCAUUAAACCGCGUUGAAGAUAUGGAGAAUCUUGCAUCUUCUGAUAAUAACUGUGUCGUGGAGGAGUUGGAGGCUCCUUUAAAUGAAUCUGGACAUUUACGGACACUGGCAUUCCUCUAUGCAAGUAAGAGGAUGAGUGCAAAGGCUCUUGCUAUCUGGCGUCUCUUUACGAAGAAUUAUUCAUCUGGUCUAUGGCAAGACUCAGAUGACUUGGUGGCUUAUAUAUACGACAACGAGCUCAUUAGGCUAUCUGGUAAAGAGGCUGCUGCCGCAGAAGCAGCCAGAAUUCUUGAGGAACCCUGUGAUCCAGAACUGGCAUUGCAGCAUCUUAGUUGGAUUUCAGAUAUAAACCCAUUGUUUGCCAUCCAAGUCUUAACGUCAGAUAAAAGGACAGAAGAGCUUUCGCCAGAGAAAGUUAUCGAAGCUAUUGAUCCCAAAAAGGUGGAAAUCAUACAGAGGUACCUCCAAUGGUUGAUUGAAGAAAGAGACUACAAUGAUCCGCAGCUGCAUACAACAUAUGCUCUCUCACUUGCCAAAUCAGCACUUGAGUGUGUUGAAGUUCAAAAUGGUAUCCAAGAAGCUGAUGCUGGAGGCAGAGAGGCACAUGUUUCUAAUGCUGGAAGUAUUUCCUUGUUUGAUAGUGAUGUACGGGAAAGAUUGCAGACCUUUUUGCAAUCUUCAGAUCUAUAUGAUCCUGAAGAGAUCUUGGAUUUGAUUGAAGGAUCAGAACUGUGGUUGGAAAAGGCCAUCCUAUACCGAAGGAUAGGGCAGGAGACAUUAGUCCUCCAAAUUCUUGCUCUGAAGCUUGAGGAUUGUGCAGCUGCAGAGCAAUAUUGUGUAGAAAUUGGAAGACCAGAUGCAUUUAUGCAGUUACUUGAUAUGUACCUGGAUCCUCAGAAUGGUAAAGAGCCAAUGUUCAAGGCCGCUGUUCGUCUUCUCCACAACCACGGGGAAUCACUUGACCCUUUGCAAGUUUUGGAAAAACUGUCUCCUGACAUGCCCUUAAAACUGGCAUCAGAUACGAUUCUGAGAAUGCUGAGGGCUAGAGUUCAUCAUCAUCGUCAAGGCCAAAUUGUACACAAGAUCUCUCGUGCAUUGGAUGUGGAUUCAAGGCUGGCAAGAUUAGAAGAAAGAUCACGUCACGUGCAGAUAAAUGAUGAGAGCCUCUGUGAUUCCUGCUUCGCCCGCCUGGGAACUAAGCUAUUUGCGAUGUACCCAGAUGAUACCAUUGUCUGUUACAAGUGUUACCGACGCCUUGGUGAAUCGAAGUCAGUAACGGGCCGUGACUUCAAGAGAGAUGUUCUGAUAAAACCCGGUUGGUUAGUGAACCGGUAGCAGAAAGCCCUCUCGUUUGGCAACAGUUGUACUUGACCUCUAACCUCUCACAAACACAGAGAAAGCCCUGUACAGUUACAGAUAAUGAAGAACAUAAAGGAGAUCCUGUUCAAGUAAAGAAAGCUUGCGGAUUCUCCAUGUUACUGUGGAGAGCAUAGAGUAGUACUUUUAGGCGCCUUUGCGACAGUUAAUUAUGGGCCAUAUGAAUGAAUUAAGCUUUUAAGAGACCUUGUAGUCUACUUUCUUCUCAAGACGAAGGACCUGUUUGGGUAAUAAAUUAAAAUAUUUAUAAAUAACAAAAACCAGAAAAACGAGUGAGAAAGCAAAAAAAAAAACACUGCGACGGAAUUAAAAAAAAGGGAAGAAAAAUCAAACAGACUAGUCGCUGAGAGAGGGUCUCAGGGUGAAGAAGACGAUAUUCGAUUUCAGGUUUCUACUUUUAUCUUCCGUCACCUUCCACUUCGGGAUACAGUUCCUUCGUCGAAUCGCCUCUCGCCGAUCACCGGUUGGCGCCGUCGCCGAAAAACGGUUAGAGCGACAGUUAAUUCCGGGAUCAUUUCCAAAUGUCGAUUAAUAUGAGAACGCUGACACAAGCUCUGGCCAAGACGGCGGCGGUGAUUGAGAAGACGGUUCAAACCACAGUCCAGGAGGUUACAGGUCCCAAGCCUCUCCAGGACUACGAGCUCCUCCAUCAGAUCGGUUCCGGUGGUCCUGGCCUCGCCUGGAAGCUCUUCUCCGCCAAGGCGCGUGACUCCACGCGGCCACAGCAGUAUCCCACCGUCUGCGUCUGGGUGCUUGAUAAGCGCGCCCUGUCGGAGGCUCGUGCCAGGGCGGGGCUAUCCAGGGCUGCCGAAGACUCGUUUCUCGAUCUGGUUCGGGCUGAUGCCGGGAAGCUGGUGCGGCUGAGACACCCCGGCGUGGUCCACGUGGUUCAGGCGCUCGACGAGAACAAAAACGCUAUGGCUAUGGUUACGGAGCCGCUAUUCGCAUCCGUGGCCAACGCGCUCGGGAAUGUUGAGAACGUGGAUAACGUGCCGAAAGAUCUCAGGAACAUGAAGAUGAGCUUGUUGGAGGUGAAGCACGGUCUCCUCCAAAUUGCCGAGACAUUGAACUUUCUCCAUAAUAACGCCCAUCUCAUCCACCGUGCUGUGUCUCCAGAGAAUGUUCUUAUUACUUCGGCUGGCUCCUGGAAGCUUGCUGGUUUUGGCUUUGCUGUUUCAGAAGCACAGGCUGGGAAUUUGGAUAAUAUGCAAUCGUUCCACUACUCUGAAUAUGAUGUUGAGGACUCAAUCCUGCCACUCCAACCUUCUUUAAAUUAUACAGCACCUGAAUUGGUGCGGAGCAAAACUCCUUCUGCUGGAGCUUCUUCAGACGUUUUUAGCUUUGGAUGCCUCGCCUAUCAUUUAGUUGCACGGAAACCUUUGUUUGAUUGCCACAACAAUGUCAAGAUGCCUCGGAAAGUAGUUUCUGUUUUAAAUGUAUAUUCGGAUUAUCUGUAUUCUGUCCGCUCCAUUGCUGAUGAUGGUUACCUUGCGGUUUUCUUGCAGUACAUGAACACAUUGAACUAUUUAACAAAUGAAACUUUCUCAUCUAUACCCUCGGACUUGGUAUCUGAUUUGCAACGGAUGCUGUCAGCGAAUGAGUCUUUUAGACCAACAGCAUUAGAUUUUACAGGAUCUAAUUUUUUUCGAAGCGACACGAGGUUACGUGCCCUCCGUUUCCUUGAUCAUAUGCUUGAAAGAGACAACAUGCAAAAGUCUGAGUUUUUAAAAGCAUUAUCAGAUAUGUGGAAAGAUUUUGAUUCCCGUGUAUUACGGUAUAAGGUGCUUCCGCCUCUUUGUGCUGAACUUAGAAAUUUGGUAAUGCAGCCAAUGAUUCUUCCUAUGGUUCUAACUAUAGCAGAGUCUCAGGAUAAGAAUGACUUUGAGUUGAUAACGCUCCCAGCUCUGGUUCCUGUUUUGAGUUCUGCUACGGGUGAUACUUUACUGUUGCUUGUAAAGCAUGCAGAGCUUAUAAUUAACAAGACUAAUGCAGAGCAUCUUGUAUCACAUAUCCUCCCUUUGCUUCUUCGAGCCUACAACGACAACGAUGUCCGGAUACAGGAGGAAGUUCUGAAAAGAUCCACAUCUGUUGCCAAACAACUCGAUGGUCAGGUUGUAAGGCAAGCAAUUUUGCCUCGUGUUCAUGGCUUGGCUCUCAAAACCACAGUUGCUGCCGUCAGAGUGAAUGCUUUGCUCUGUUUGGCAGAGCUGGUUCAAACGCUUGAUAAACACGCUGUUACUGAAAUUCUGCAAACAAUUCAACGAUGUACCGCCGUUGAUCGUUCGGCACCUACCCUUAUGUGUACUCUUGCAGUCGCAAACGCAAUUCUCAAGCAGUAUGGAGUUGAAUUCACUGCUGAACACGUCCUUCCGCUCAUUAUACCGCUUCUCACUGCCCAACAAUUGAAUGUCCAACAGUUUGCCAAAUAUAUGCUAUUUGUUAAGGAUAUUCUCAGGAAAAUUGAGGAAAAAAGAGGAGUUACAGUGAAUGAUUCAGGAGUCCCUGAAGUUAAACCAGGCUCUGUUGCAGAUGGGAUCCAGUUUCAAACACCAACCCAAAAAACUGAGAAGGUCGCUUCUGCAGAAAAGAACAAUCCUGCAUGGGACGAAGAUUGGACCCUCCCGACCAAAAGCUCUGCUCCUAGAGAUCCUGGACCCGCAAACUCUCAGUUUAACAACUCUACAGUUCAGUCACAGCCAUCGAACCGGACAACAGUGCCAACAACAUGCCCUGCAGUCGACAUAGAGUGGCCACCAAGACAAUCCUCCAAUGUAACUGCUCAGCCAUCUAAUAAUGAUGAGACACGGCUAAACACUCCAGGAACAUCGUCAACUCCAAGUUUCGAUGAACUAGACCCUUUUGCAAACUGGCCACCACGGCCCAACGGUGCUUCCAUUGCUGCUUCUGGGGGUUUCCACAACAGUACUGCCACUCAACCUCCAAUGAACAAGAGUGGUUCUGGUUUGAGUAAUAAUUUAUCAGACGGCACGCAGUUUCAGACAUCUAACAACGACUUCUGGGCCUUUAGCAAUGCCUCCCUCUCUUCUCAGAAAUCACAGCAAGAUGGUUCAGGUAUCAGCGCAAGUAACUCAGGUCCUAUGAACUCUUUUGGGAUUCAGAAUCCGAACCAAGGAAUGCCGUCUUUCGGAAGCAGUUCAUAUAGUUACCAAAAGCCGCCGGCAGACAUCAGUUCCAUAUUCGGUUCAAGCAAAAACGAGCAAGGUGCAAUGAAACUCGCUCCACCUCCUUCAGUAGCAGUGGGAAGAGGAAGGGGAAGGGGAAGAAGUGGGAUAUCUAACUCAAGGCCAAGUGGUUCGAAGCAUCAACAAACCGAGCAGCCAUCGCUGUUGGAUCUAUUGUGAUUGAGAGUUUCGGUCGAGACGUUGGGUUUGGUAAAAAGAUAGUUCCUGUCAAAAAAAAAAAAACACACAGGGGCAUGUGCAGAGUGAGUGUGUUUGUGAUGCACAGAAAGAAACAUUUUACAAGAAGCAAGAAAGGAGAUUAAAAUGAUUGGAAGCUUGUAUCAAAUCAAUUAUUGUAAAAUAAGUAUGUUUCGGCAUUUGACGAAAAGACAAUUUGUUUGUACUUUGUAGUGUGAUAACAAUGAUCAGUCCUUAGAAAGGAUAUGCAUGCAUGUUACGCGUGCAUAGAUUCAGCCGCGAAUCUCCCAGAUUGGGAUUUGCUACAAGAAUCAGGAAAUAUUGUGUGGUGUGAUUAGUGACGAUCGAAAGGUGUUUUUGUUUGCGUAACUUUAAAUCUCAGCUCUAAGGUCUAAAGCCGUCUUUUAUGCAAA